GACAUGGGCAGCUUUGCCGAGAUGAACGGCGAGUACGAGAAGUGGUUCACCCACAAGCCUGCCCGCAGCUGCGUCGCCGUCAAGACCCUCCCCAAGAACGUCGACGUUGAGAUCGAGGCCAUUGCCCUCCCCUAAGCGUCUCGUCGCUGCUGUGUAGCCUGACAGGAUCUAAUUCAAAAGGCAGUCAAAUGUCAACGGUGCCUCGCGUGUUCCUAGUGACUCCAAAUUCAUACGCUGUGACCGUGGAUAUGUCCAAUCAUGCCACAAACGGUACUCAAUGCCCUGAAGCGCCUGACUUAUCCCUCUACAAUUUGGCCCGCAUGUCCAAAGUGUUUCUUCAAGAUAAGCACAAUUGUCAGACCGGACGUUCAUAUUUCCGCCGUCCCUCGCCAUUUUCCUCUCGCGCCUGACCUUCAACUCCAAGAAAUUGUUUUUGCGGGCGCCAGUAUAUCAAUAACAACAUCAACCACUCAGAUAAUCAGUCAUAUGCCGACACGGGUCAACUCAAAUGUAGGUAAUAUGCAGAAAGGUAGCUUUGAUGUUCUACAACGCCCUUCCGUCUAUCGGUACAAGUCCCACCGCUUUCUAGCAGAGCCUCCACCAAGCCAAGAGCCCCCAACGGCUCUCGCACAAUCACACCCGUCCGUGGCCAGUCGCAAAUCGCUUAUUCGUCAUCAUCGGCGGCCUCGACGUACUUGUGGCGGAUGUCCUUCCAUUGACGCUAAAUUCGGCUCCUUGUUAGCAAAACCAUCUCUCCCAUGUGACCAAACGUGCUUCCGCAGCGAAGUUGCAGUUUUGCUCGAAGCAGGCUCGUCGAUACACCAAAACAAAAUGAGGAAGGGGGUCCUUACGCCACGGUUCACGUAGUCCCAGUACUUGUUCAUCGCACCGUUGAAGCCCCUAGAGCGCAACAUGUCAGCCCAUCCCGGUUCCUAUCCGGCACAUCCCGACACGCCCCGGGCCUGUCGGUCCUUCUCCCUACAGCCCCAGGGAUCGCAUCGGAUUAUCGCCU